AUGAAAAAGAUACUGAAGAACCCCACUCCCGCCGUUGAAGAUGCCAUCACCAAAUCCAAAAAGAGAACACGAAAGGUCUCCCAAUCGAAACCGCAACCAGCGUUUACCAUCGGCGACAUAGAAGAUUUUCAAUUUAAGGAAGACGAAGUUAAAGAAAUUAGGGCAUCCUUGUUGAAAUGGUACGAUGUUAACUGGAGAGACCUUCAAUGGCGGAGGAUCAACGAUUCCGAUGAUAAGGACAAAGAUAGAAAAGCAUACGUUGUGUGGGUUUCGGAAAUCAUGCUUCAACAAAUAAGAGUUCAAACUGUUGUAACCUACUUCAAUCGGUGGAUGGAGAAAUGGCCGACUGUUCAUCACCUAGCUCAAGCUUCCAUCUCAGAGUUUCAUUUGAUCCUCGCGCUCCCAAGUGAAUUCAGGUCCUCGCUUGGCGUUCCAGCGAACCUUCACUAUUGGGAUACGGCUUUGCUUCGUUUGCUUGACCUCUCGGUCCAUGAUUUCUAUAGGUUCUUCCACGAAGUUGAGGCUCUCGUCGAUCUCGUCGACUGGGAUAACAAGAGUCUCGUCGGACAGACACUUUUUCAAGUUUGA